AUGACCAGCACGGCUUGGGCUCAGGCGAUCUCCGAUCCCUCUGGAGGAGUGCGGGUACGUACAAGACGUCAUGGCGACUUGGCGCAAUCGAGCAGGGAUGGCGCUCUUCCAGACUCUAUCGCUUCGUCCAUGAGCGGUCAGGGCAGGAAGAGCAGCGAGCUGGGCGCCUACCCGCUGUAUAAAGCGCCUGCAAAGAAAACCAAGGACGAAGAAGAGCCCUACAUGGUCUGGGUCAGGCGCACAGCCUACAUCGCCUUCUUGGGGAAUGCGCCACCGCUGCUUGCUUUCCUCGGCGUAGCCAUCAUGACUUUGGCGGCGGAUGCGGUCAUGACGCUGAUCAUCAUCAAACGAGUGCCGUGUGAGUGAUGAAGCUGCGACAGGCACUUGGAUCACGCCGGUCGGUGCUUACACUACCUUUUCAGACACGGAAAUCGACUUCACCACGUAUCUCGAGCAAGCGCAAGGAAUGCUGAAAGGGGAGCGCGAUUACAGCCGAUUACGAGGAGCGAGCGGGCCAUGCGUGUGAGUUCGCGAAUGAGUGCCCAUGCAGUGUGUAUGCGCGCCCUUCCGAGAGCGAAACCGAGCUGGGAUGGUCGGACGGCAUGCGUAUGAAAUCUGACAAUCCAUCCUGCCUACAGGUACCCAGCCUUGCACCUGUACCUCCACGCUCCUCUGGUGCAACUUACUCAUGCGGGCGCCAAGCUGAUGCCAGCUCAAGCUCUGUAUGGGGCGCUCUAUCUCCUCAAUCAAGCAUUGGUCAUGUCCCUCUACAGGUCGGCCGGCUCGCCAAGCAUCCUGCUGCCAGCAUUGAUAAUAUCGAAACGGCUUCAUUCGAUCUAUGUCCUCAGGAUGUUCAAUGACUGCUGGACCAGUUUACUGCUGCACGCUUCGAUGGUCUUCUUGGUAAGGAGGCGCUGGACAGCUGCGACGACGCUUUGGUCGUGAGUUGAUCGCGCGAGCACAGGAUCGAGUUGGCCUUUCUUCUUGCGCACAUCUGACGCUCCCACUGUUCCUUCCUGCUGCCUAGGCUGGCUUUGGGUGUCAAAAUGAGCGUACUUCUGACCCUGCCUGCCCUCGGAGUCAUUCUAUUCCGAGGAGUGGGCAUGCUACAAUCACUGAGACUCGGAUUUCUGGCGCUUCUGGUGCAGGUCCUGUUGGGUCUUCCAUUCAUCCUCAAGCAUCCACACGCGUACUUUGCCGGAGCUUUCGACUUUUCAAGGGCUUUCUUGUACAAGUGGACGGUCCACCUCCGCUUUCUGGCCAUCGAGCAAUUUCAAUCCGCCUGGACUUCGAGGGUGCUCUUGUUUGCGCAUGCAGGGUUAUUGCUGCUCUGGAUCACAACGCGGUGGACAAGGGUCGGAGAAGAGGGUGUCUCGUGGGUCUUGAAGCGGUGGCACGGCCCGCCGGGCGGUGGGGAUCCAAGCGCUCGCUGUAAGUAUUGGUGCCAAUAUCUCCCGCAACGGUCACCUCUGCAACUGAUCCAACUCUCUUUGCCAUCUCAAGUCAUGAUAUUUUCAAUCUUCACAGCAAAUCUGAUUGGCAUGACCUUUGCGCGAUCGCUGCACUACCAGUUCUACUCCUGGUACGCACAGCACAUUCCUUUGAUGUGUUGGGCCGCGGCAGUGAAAAUCGACUUUGGAAAGAAAGGUCUACCUCUAGGCAUCAGGUGCGUCUAUGCGCGACGCCCUGCCCUUCCACUGGGGUCGACCAUCGCCCGGGCUGAUUGCAGUCUCUGCACUUGAUUACGCUGGCACAGGCUCGCACUUCCCGUCCUCAUCGAAAGGUCGUGGAACAUCUUUCCCUCCACGCCAAGUAGCUCGGCUGUGCUUUGGCUAGCACACUUGACACUGCUGUGGGGGUUGUGGAGAGCGGAUCCGACGAAUGAAGCGCAACCAUGA